AAUUUCAGUGUCCAAAUUGCACAAUAUAAUCGGGACUGAAAGACAAGGAACUCUUCUUACCUCACUUAACAUCACCACACAAUUCAACACAAAAAAGUAAUAUUUCCUUCCUUCCUGGUUCCUGCAUUCUUCUUUCCCACCAGAAAAAUUUGUUUUCUCCACCUCAAAUUGUGGUUACCAGCUCUCCUGAUGGUCAUCACGCCAUGGCCUAGCCCUGGCUGGAAACUCAUUCAGUACUGCAUCUCAUAUAUCUCCAGACACUGGUUAAGGUUCCAUUCACCUGUACCGUUGGCGGUCGUCCACAGCCUUGAACCUGUGGCUCCAAUGGUAACCAGUCUGGAUGUCUUGUACUUAUUUGUGGGGGAUCUUUCUGGCAAUAUUUGCACCUUCUCAGUCCCUUCAGGGCAAUUACUCCGGUCAUAUUAUGGAGACAAUAAGCCUGUCUCCUGCCUCAGAGUCAAUGAAGACGGAUCUCCUCUGAUUUCAGGUGGGGAAGAUGGAACCGUUGCUUUCGUUCCAAUCUUCCAACUUGAUGAGGCAUCAGCUGAGAAAGACCCAAGCAACACUACCAUAAUAUCAUGGUCAAUGGACUGCACAUGCAAGUUUUGGAAAAUAUCAGAUAGAGGAGACCUGAUCAGAACGGUAACAUAUCCUUGUGCAAGGAUGGGCGUGACAUACCAUCAAACACAUACAGAACUAUAUGCUGCAGCCUCAGGGGGUCAGGUGAUGGUGAAUGAAGGGAAGAACCUAGUAUCUGCUGCAGAAGAUGUAAGUGUUUGUAUUUGGAAAACAGAAACAGAGCAGGCAAUUCUUGAUCUGGCCAACAUUGAUAUGGGAAGCAUUAGUGAUUUGGGGGCUAAUACUGGUCUGGAAACUAAAGGGAUUAAUGACGUGAAGUUGGGAAAAAGCGAUGAUAAUAUUUUCCGUAGAAGAGUUGAGCAGAUCACAGAAGGAGAUUGUAAGGUUAGAAGAUGUCUCGAGGGUGGCCGAGAAGGACAGGAGCAGACCCAUGGGACAUGCUUGAAUCUGCAAUCACAAUGUAUGAAAGGCUCUUGGAGCUCAUCCUUAAAGAAUCCAAAAGAGUUGCAAGUAGCAAUUGCUGAAAAAAGAGAAAAGGAACUGAUAAAAUAACAUGAAAGCACUUCUCUGCGCAUUUAAAAGAAAGAAUUAUUCAACUAAGAGGUGAAUAACAAGAAAGCACCAAUAGACAU